UUUCACCAUUCUUCCAGGACUUCCACCAUAAGGAAAGGAGCCCCUGGACCAACAUCCUCUAAGAUGUUUAUAUGGACCAGUGGCCGAACCUCUUCAACUUACAGACAUGAUGAGAAAAGAAACAUUUACCAAAAAAUCAGGGACCAUGACCUCCUGGACAAAAGGAAAACUGUCACAGCACUGAAAGCAGGAGAGGACCGGGCCAUUCUCCUGGGACUGGCCAUGAUGGUGUGCUCCAUCAUGAUGUACUUUCUGCUGGGAAUCACACUCCUGCGCUCAUACAUGCAGAGUGUGUGGACCGAGGAGGCUCAGUGCACCUUGCUGAAUGCAUCCAUCACGGAAACAUUUAACUGCUCCUUCAGCUGUGGUCCGGACUGCUGGAAACUAUCUCAGUACCCCUGUCUCCAGGUGUACGUUAACCUGACUUCUUCUGGAGAGAAGCUCCUUCUCUACCACACGGAAGAGACAAUGAAAAUCAAUCAUGAGUGCUCCUAUAUACCUAAGUGUGGAAAAAAUUUUGAAGAAUCCAUGUCCCUGGUGAAUGUUGUCAUGGAAAACUUCAGGAAGUACCAACACUUCUCCUGCUAUUCUGACCCGGAAGGAAACCAGAAGAGUGUCAUCCUAACCAAACUCUACAGUUCCAACGUGCUGUUCCAUUCACUCUUUUGGCCAACGUGUAUGAUGGCUGGGGGCGUGGCUAUCGUUGCCAUGGUGAAACUCACACAGUACCUCUCCCUGCUCUGUGAGAGGAUUCAACAGAUCAAUAGAUAA